UGUGCCAGGCGUAGUGGUGGAUGCCUGUAAUCCUAGCUUCUCCGGAGGCUGAGGCAGGAGAAUCACUUGAACUGGAGGUGAGCUAUGGAAAGCACUGGGAUGAGAGAAGCAACAAGAGGCAUCUCCGUGUCAGCCAGACCUUCAAGAAUGACUCGGGGCGCACCCUGAGCAAUCACUUCAUGGAGGUGACCCACCAGAUGCUGUCCUGGGUUGAGGCCACAUUGUCACGGGCACUGAAGAGGCACUGCAAACCCCUGCUGGACCUGUAUGACCUCGUAACCAGGUAACGCAGGGUUGGGAGUGGCACAUCCAGCAUUCUUGCCACGUAUCAGGCACAAUGCUGAAUGCUUCGACAUGCUCUGACUCUGACAGCCCUACACAAAGGCUUCUUCACUCCCCAUUUCACAGGAGAGGAAGCUGGGAUUUCUUCCUCACUCCAAAGAGACCUCUUGAGCAUGAUCCCGUGCAGGCAGGUUUUAGAAGCUGCUGCAGAGGACCACAGUGGGCGAGGCUGACCCCUGCCUUCAGGAAGCUCAGUUUUACCCAGAGACAGACACGAAACACAAGAAAUCUACAGCA